AUGCAUUCUGUGAAGGCAUUGAGUCUUUUUAUUGCCAUGACACUUUUUUCAUCACUGGUGGAAACCAAGUUCCACAGGCCGUUCCACUACAACCCCUAUAAGGCUGGGCCAAGUCAACACCAUGAUCCAGGAAAACCCACCAGCAGACACAAGAACCACUGUGCCUAUGUUGUUGAAAAGACGGUGUCCUUCACUGUGCAGGAUGGGGCAGCCCCUUAUGUGAAAGCUGAGUACAACAAGUGUUCCUGGGGGCAAAAAUGUCCAACUCUCCAAUACCGCCUGCUGUACAAACCAAUCUACAAAGUGGCACAUAAAACUGUCACAGAGCUGGAGUGGCGUUGUUGCCCAGGGUAUUCUGGCUAUGGCUGUAUGGAGGGACAUUCAGCUUAUCACCCCCCCAUGAAAUUCAUGCCACCAUUCAAGGGGCCGCCAUUCAAAGGUCCACAGUUUAAGGGCCCACAGCACAAGGGUCCAAUGUUCAAAGCUCCUCUGUUCAAGGGUCCACCAGUGAAAGCAAACCCAUGGAGUCAACCCAAAGGACCUCCACCCAGCAGUAUUAACUCUUACCCCAUGCGUCACUUUGGGCCUCCAAUGUCCUCCUCCUACCCAGACACCUCCUUUGAGCCUUUUCCCUCCGAGCCACAACCAGUGCAGGAGCAUGAGGAGCUGCAUCACUCAGAGCAAGAGCAAGAGCAAGAGCAUGGGCAUGACCCUCAGCACAGUCAUGAGCCUGAGGAACAUGUCCCAGUGGAAACAGCUCCCCCUCCUGGUGGUGAAGAGUAUGAAGGCCCAGCUCUAGACAGCGAGACAGAGGAGAGACUGGAUCGAAUGGAGGAGGACGUCCAUCGUCUGAACCAGGGCCUGGAGACUUUGAGAGGCACCAUGAACGGACUGGAGGACAGCUUACGAGCCUCGCUAAGAGAGGAUGCCAACAGGAUGCUCUCUGCUCUGCUUUCUGCUACCCCUGGUCCUGUUCCUGCUCCAGCGCUGGCUACCAGUCACUCCGAGGUAGGCUUUGGAGACAUUCCUGCUGGAGACCCCGAGUCAGAGGGUUUGGAUGGCAGGCAUGUGUUUUCAGGCCUGGGGGAACUGAGUGGGAGGCUGGAGGAGCUCAGGGCAGAACUACAAGCCAAGACUGCAGAGCUGCAGGAGCUCAGAUCAACAGUGAUGGGUCAUGAUGGAGUAUUGAAGAAGCUGUCACAUGGGGCAAAAUUGGGAUCUGGCGCCAAUGGGACUCAGGAGGGAGACACUCAGAAGGCUAUGGAGAAGCUGGUGGAUGCCAAGCUUAGUGGAGCAAGGACAGAGAUCCUGGGUGGGUUUGAGAAGCAUGUGGAGAACUCAGAGGGCCGAUGCGAGGAGAAAGCUGGGGAGGUGCAUCGUCAGUGUCAGAGGGAGCAAGCUGAGAGGCAAGAGCAGCUGGAGGAGGCCCUGGAUGGCAGCACCAUGAUCCUGAGGACAGAGCUGAGAAACCUCCAGGCACAGAUCCAUGAUCUGAAGGCCACAAACGGCUGCUGUGGUAGAAUGAAUGGUCUGGCUGAGAGGGUGCAGCUGUUGGAGGUGUCAGUGACAGGCCUGAACCAGUCCCAGGGUCACCUCAGAGUGGAGCUGGGUGGACACAAGGACCACAUUGAGGGUAUGCUAGAGGGGCGGCUGGGGUAUGUGGAGGCCAAGCUCAACCUGACUGGGAAGACAAAAAGUGCCGAGAUGGGAGGGAGGAGCACUGUCUCGGAGAGAGGUGAGACAGUCCUAGAGGCCAGACUGGAGGGCAAGCUGAAGGCUCUGGAGGGACGUUUGCUGGCCGCUGUGGAAGAACUGGGCAACGCCACUGCCCCUGCUCUGCUGGAGGGCCACGCUGUACCCACUCUGGAGACAGAGCUGGAGUCUCUCCGAGGGAGGCUGGAGAUGGAUUUGGACAGAGUGCAGAAGCACCUGAACAGCCUGGAGAUUCUCUGCUCUUCCUCCUGCUCCUCCCCUUCAACUUCUUCUGCCAUCCAGGGAGAUGAUGCUGCAUCAAGUGCUGACCUGUUAGCAGAUGAGAACAUGAGGGGGAUGCUGGACACUCAGGUUGACCGUUUGAACAGCCUCAACACCACCCUGCAGGACAUCCUGAGUCGUUUGACCUUCAGGGACCAACAAGAAGGAGCAAAGGGAGAACCCUCUGUCCAGGAAGAGCUCACAAUCCUUGCAUUCAACGUCCGCUCUGUGAAUCGUACCCUGAAAGGCCUGCAGGACUCUAUGGGACUAGUGGUAAGCAAGGUGGGUCAAGCCAACAGCACCUGGCAUGAGAGAGAGGCACGUCUGGCCCAGCAGAUGAAAGGCAUGGUCCAGCUGGUGGGACGUCAGGCGUCCAUGCUUGGGUCUGGUGAGCGUAGACUGACCCGACUCAAAAGCGAGCUGCAGGAGAUGAAGAGGCGACUUGCUGGUGAGCUCCAGGGCUGCCGGAGCACAGCUCUGGGGGUCAAGAAGGAGGUGAUUGAGGUAGGAGGGCGUGUUGCCAGUGUGGAGGACCAGUGCAAGAGCCUGAAUCACAUGACAGAGGACUUGGAGAGAAUCAGGGAGGAAUUGGAAAGGCAGUCAGAUGGGCUUCUCUCUCAAGUCAACGGGACCCUCUCCAGCCAUGCUCAGCAGCUGUCUGACCUGAGAGAUGGACUCAAAAACUGCACCACAAAGAUGGAGCCCACACAGCAGAGUGUAGAGCUGGAGCCAGAGCAGAGACGAGGAGACACAUUCACCCUGAUUUAGUUU